GGCCCCCUGCCAUAUUUAUUCAUGCCGGGCAAGAUGGCGGCGAGACGGACGAUGUGUUACUGCCAGUGGACAUAAACAGGCAUUUUAUUCAAAAUACAAAACCUAGUCCAAUACAUUUACACACAUAACCGCAUUCGGUGGUUAUUUACCACGCAACAAGCGUCGACCUCUUUUUUCAUUUUACGCGUUUCAACGUUUCUUUCUUACAAAAUGUUCACGUUGUAGCUCGCUCGCUAACCGACCAGCUGGCUAACAGAGAGCUAGCUAAGUUAGCUAUCUACCGCAGGCAAGCCGCCGUGAAGUGGAGAAUGGGAGAAAAGCUUGAGCUAAAGCUCAAAUCACCGGUUGGAGCAGAACCUGCUGGUUAUCCGUGGCCAUUGCCAGUAUACGAUAAACACCAUGAUGCUGCUCAUGAAAUCAUCGAGACCAUUCGGUGGGUGUGUGAGGAGAUCCCGGACCUCAAACUGGCCAUGGAAAACUACGUACUCAUUGACUAUGACACCAAGAGCUUUGAGAGUAUGCAGAGACUUUGUGACAAGUACAACAGGGCCAUCGACAGCAUUCACCAGCUGUGGAAAGGGACUACACAGCCCAUGAAGCUCAACAAGCGUCCUUCAAAUGGGCUGCUGAGACACAUUCUACAGCAGGUGUACAACCACUCAGUUACCGACCCAGAGAAGCUGAACAACUAUGAGCCCUUCUCCCCUGAGGUGUACGGAGAGACCUCUUUCGACCUGGUGGCUCAGAUCAUCGACGAGAUGGAAAUGAUGGAAGAUGACACCUUUGUUGACCUCGGCAGUGGAGUUGGUCAGGUAGUGCUGCAAGUUGCAGCUGCAACCAACUGUAAACACUACUACGGUGUAGAGAAAGCAGACAUUCCAGCUACAUAUGCAGAGACCAUGGAUAAAGAGUUUAAAAAGUGGAUGAAAUGGUACGGGAAGAAACAUGGGGAGUACACACUGGAGAGAGGUGACUUUCUGUCGGAAGAAUGGAAGGAAAGAAUCGCCAACACAAGUAUUAUUUUUGUGAAUAACUUUGCCUUUGGUCCAGAGGUAGAUCACCAGCUGAAGGAGCGCUUUGCUAACAUGAAGGAAGGUGGAAAAAUUGUGUCCUCCAAACCUUUUGCACCUUUAAAUUUUAGAAUAAACAGUCGAAACUUGAGUGAUAUUGGCACAAUAAUGCGUGUGGUGGAGCUUUCUCCACUGAGGGGCUCCGUGUCCUGGACAGGAAAGCCAGUUUCUUACUACCUGCACACCAUAGACCGCACCAUACUUGAAAACUAUUUUGCUAGUCUCAAAAAUCCUAAACUCAGGGAGGAGCAAGAGACAGCUAGGCGACGUCAGCAGAAGGACACGAAGGACAGUAAAAGCAAUAGCACCACACCCACAAAACCUAAAGAACUAAACAAGCAGGACUCCUGUGGUGAGGAUGAGCGUCCUAGCUUGGUGACAGUGGUCAAGCCCUCUGCUAAACCCAGAAGAGCCCGACUCUUACCCAAAUCUCGCAAGUUGAACAACAAGAAACGUGGUCGACCCAAGAAAGCUGCCCCAGCUGCCGAGAAGAAAAACAAGAAGAAUCAGAGCGCAUUGGAUCUGCUUCAUGCCAAGACCCUUUCGGCGGCACCCCCUCAGGAUGCAUACCGGCAACCUCAGAGUCCCUUCUACCAGCUUCCCCCCAAGGUCCAGCACUAUCCCUCCAGCCAGCUGCUUCUGAGCUCAACUCCUCCUGGUCUGCAACAACUGCUAGAUAACAUCAAAGUUCAAUACCUCCAGUUCAUGACCCACAUGAAGACUCCUCAGUACCGCUCCAACCUGCAGCAGCUUUUAGAACAGGAGAAGCAAAAACACAGGGACCUGUCAGGGCAAGCGGAGCAGCUCUACUCUGUUUGUCAGUCUCACAAGGACAAGAUCAAAGGUCUCUUCCAGACCAAACUAGAUGAGCUGGGAGUGAAAGCGUUGACUGUGGAAGACCUGCUGCAAGCCCAGACGGAGAUAUCGGCCCACAAUCAUCAGCUGAAAGAACAGACUAAGCAGCUUGAGAGAGACAUGUCCUUGCUGAGAGACCACAGCCUGCUACUGCUGAAGUCUCGAUGUGAGGAGCUAAAGCUAGAUUGGAGCUCUUUGUGCCUGGAAAGUUUGUUGAAGGAGAAGCAGGCACUACGCAGACAAAUCUCUGAGAAACAAAGACACUGCUUGGAGCUGCAGAUCAGCAUUGUGGAGCUGGAAAAAAGUCAAAGACAGCAGGAGCUGCUUCACCUAAAAUCCUACAGUCCCUGUGAUGGCUCCCCAUACAGAAAGAGCCUAGAAUCUCGCUCUUCCACAGACAUGGACUCCUCUAAGCUUGGCCUGUCCUCAGCCACAGCCCUCAACGGUGUCAGCCCAGAGCUGUCUAUCAAUGGCACAAGCUCACCCUGUUUUGACCGGCCCAACACCAAGGGGGAGCUUCUUUCUCGAUACCUGCCCAUCUCUCCGGACCAUGAGAUUUUACCCGCAAUCCCUGAUGUCCGGCAAAGGCAGCAAAGUUCCUCCUACGCUCUUCCUGAUUACACACGCUUUUCCCCCGCAAAGAUUGCCUUGCGGAGACACCUUAAUCAGGACCCCACGGCCUCUGCUCACUUGAGAGGUCCAGGGCUGACGGCGCACAGGGAAUUGGGUGGUGUGAACUCUCCGCUUGGAGCCAAAAUGAACUGCCCUUCUCCCAAUGCAGCUGAUGCCCAGAAUAAAGGUUUUGAGAAGGGUGGUAAGGAGAGGAGCCCAUCUGUUCAGGGUGACAACAGCAUUACGAGCCUCCCAAUAAGUAUCCCGCUAAGCACUGUCCACCCAAGUAAACUACCAGUCAGCAUCCCUCUGGCGAGCGUGGUGCUACCCAGUCGUGUUGAGAGACUGAGAAGUACACCGAGCCCUGUGUUUCAGACAAGUCAGUCCAAUGGAUAUUCAUCCAGCUCAGGGCUGAUGAAUGGAGGUCCCCAUCCUGAUGACCAUAAUGGGGCUUCUUCAUCACCUCCUCCACACCCCAACACUACUUUGGCAGGACCAUUGGGCAGAGCUAUCCAGAGCCCCCCACUCAGCACUGGAGGGGUGCUCCAGUAUGCAGAUGGACCCCCAAGGAUUCUUCCAGAAGAUGGACAGGAUCGUCAAGGAGGUGAAUCGGACACAGAGCCCCAGGAAAGUGAACUGCGGAGGAGAAUCUUCUUCUCCUCAUCCUCCUCAUCCUCCUCGUCCUCCUCUUCUUCAGGCAGUGGAGGCAGCGCGGCCGCAGGAUCACGCCUCCACCAUCACACUGGCAACAAGCAGGGAUACCACAGUAACCAUGGAAACCACCACCACCAGUCCCCCGGCACACAGCACAGUCACACACCCACACAUAUGUUGUCAUCACAUGCCUCUCGCGGCCUCGUCUCUCAAGAGGGACGUAAGCGGGGGAGAAGGAAACGCAGCUCUACCGUGGCUGUCGCAGCUAGCGGAUCCCCAAAGAGGAGGUCAUUCCCCGGGCUCUGCUCCAACAACCACUCCUCAGGAUCGCCACUUAACAUCAACACCAUGGUGAACAACAUCAAUCAGCCUCUGGAGAUCUCUGCCAUCUCCUCCCCAGAACAAUCAAGCCGUAGCCCCACUGGGCCUGACCUGGACCAGCCCCCCAUCUUGAAGAGAGAGCGUCCCCUGGAGCUCAAUGGCACAGGCCGUUACUCCUCUGCCCCCAGCUCUGAUGACGAGGACUCAGGAUACCCUGCGGACAGCUCCAGUUCACGAAUUGAAAGAAAAAUUGCCACUAUAUCCCUGGAGAGCAGAGAUGGACCUGGUAGACUAGGGGAUGGAGAAAGAGUCAGGAAGUCUGGCAGCAGCAGUGGUAACAGCACAGGCAGUGAGGCCUCCUCUACAUCCUCCUUGUCCUCUACCAGCAAGUGGAAAUCCACCUUUUCACCCAUUUCUGACCCCAAGCAACCCAACUCUGACCUGAGACAGGGGGGCUCUCCAUUUGGCAUGGGGGGGUCGGGCCGGGGUACAGACUCAGAUUCCGAUCACAAACAACAGCAUCAGCAGGGGAGGAGAGGAAGUGAUGGAGAGUCGUCCAGCUACGGGAACCCCAAUCCUUUCCUCAGUCAGGAGGCAGGGCCCCGGGGUGGAGGCAGCGGGGGUGCUGGUGCCCAGGGAGGCAGUGGUUCCGACCAACGUCACGCUCUCCAGAAACAGAAGGCCCCUCGCGACUGGGAACUGAAGACAAGCAGCAGCAUGGCUAGUCAGAACCUCUUCAUAUCUGCUGCAGCUAGCAGUGGUGGGGGCAUUUUGAGUGGGAAGGUGGGGGGCAGUCCUGUAGCAGUUUCCUCAACCACAGGAUCCUCUGUGGGGCAGUACCUGGGGUCUCAGUUCCCACUUGGAGGGACGUCCGUUUUACAGUCCUUGUUUGGGGCCCAGACAGGCGGAUCCACGGUGAGUGGGACUCAAAGGCUCGUCAAUGGACACUCUGCCCUCGGAAGCUUCUCCAGUGCUGGGCUGGCAGGGGGAGUGGCUGGAGGUAAUUGUUGAAAACUACCUCAAAAUGAAAUAAACUAUGCAAAUGUCCAGGUGUGGACCAAGGCACUCUCCUCACUCACUGGUGCUUCAAAUCGUCUGCACUACCCAACUGCCUCCAAGACCGGCUUCUGUACUGGGAUCUCUGAGACACACACUCGCAGGCACACACAUACACAAACACACACACACACACACACACAUACACACUAACCACCACUAUGGUCACCUUGAGCAGAAUUCAAAGGUAUCGGUCAUGUUAAUAUGGAAAUCAGUACAGGCCGCUGCUCAGCACUCAACGAACUGAAUUAUAAAGAUGUCUGGUUUAAAUUAAAGGUGCUCGGUAGUAUGAUAAUGUGUCUUUUUUUUCUUAGUCACUAUCACAGAAACUAGCAAAAUAAUCUGUUGUAAUGAUUUAAUGUAACAUUUAAAAACAGAUUGAAGCACAUAGUCCACCUUUAUGAUCUGAAACUCGUCAUGUGUCACGUUCCCUCCAAAGUUCACUUAAUGUGAGUGCAUGGCGUUUGCACACUCACGCACACACACACACACACAUACAUGCACGCAAGUUCAUUAAACUUUGCUCAGAUGUCAUGCAGUGUCGCUUCUCUGCAUGCAUGCUUCCUUAACUGUUUUCUUCUGUGAAUAUUUGUUGCAACAUAUUUGAGUAUGAAACAAGAUGAGGAACUUAGUAUUUUGGUCUAACUUCACACUGGAUAGUAAGAUACAGUUGCUCUGUAGCAGAAGAUGUGCUUGUCCUGGCUGGUUUGUUGCCUUAAACUCUGCUAAUGUUGAUGAUUUGCAAUAUUUUCAUGUUUAUCAAAAUUUUAAAAGGAAACUGGGUUACAAAACUGAUAUGCUCUUUAAUUAAGUUUACAUUAUGAGUGAUGAAAAUAAUUCUUAAUGUGUGGUUCAGUAUUUCUCUUCUAUCAGCUAUUUAACAUCUGUAAAAGUUUCUUUAACUUCAAUUAGCUUUUUUGGUGUUUUUAUGUAAUCAAGCAUAUUUAACAUUACAACAAUAUGGAAAAACAUAAGCGUAUGUUUUAAAUUCUGAAAACGUGUUCUGAUUCAGCCUAAUUUUGAAAAUAUGGCAAAUUAGAAACAUUUCAAGGGUUGCCAAUAAGGCCAAGUACAUUCAAAUUUUUCAAAAAGACCCUAUGAAAUUUAUUUGAUGGUGCUAUAUCAACAUUGUCAGCCACUUUCUGUAUUUAUUAACCUAUUCUUCUUCGGUCAAUUUAGUAAAUCACACUACUAUGUGGGAACGCAGCCGAAAUACAUUUACAGCAGGAAUCCUGAACUCUUCUUAAGCUAAACUUGUUCAUAUUUAUCUCUGCUGUUGGGAAAUGCAGGUUCAGGCAAAUGUUUAGGACUUAAAAUGUGGACACAUGUACUGUGUGUGGAAUUGUACUCCAUAUAGUAUAGACAGACACACACAUGCACGCACACAUGCAUGCACAUCUUCACACACUGAGAAAACAAUGAACCAUAACCACAAACAAACUACUGGACUCUCUUCACACCUUUUUUUGGUUUGCUUUUUUAUUGCGUAAUUUGUUUUUUGUAAACAAUGUUUGUACUGUGAAUGUGAUUCAUUCUCCGACUGUAUAGUUGUGUAUAAUUUAGAUUAUUAUAUUUAUGCUGUCAGUUUCUCCAUUUGCCUUAGCAUUUGUUUUUGUCUUUCCUUUUUUUUUUUUUUUAACAUGAAAUGUGCUAAUAUUGUAGAAUGCAAUAGUGUGUGUAAUUAACUCAGUCUGAAAACAAUGGUGCUAAAUUUGGACUGUACCUGAUCUUAUUUAUUCUAUAUUGAAACAUCAAAAACAAAUUGAAUACUUGGUGCUGUACACAGGGACAUUUGUAAAGCCAUUUUUCCGGCAUUUCCUUUCUCAUAUUUAAUAUGCUAUUGUCUGGUUCUUUGAAUGCCUCGUGUACAAUUGUAACACCUUUCGAUAAAACUACUCUGCAACAGCUGGCUCAGAGUCUGAGUAAACAGGCGUGAGGACCUCCAGGCGUUUCUCACGCCGCAGUUUCAAUCAUAAGCAGCCUGCUUCGCUCUCUCAGAGAGCUGCUUAGCUGUUUGUGAACAAGACACACUGUUAUUGUACAUAGGUUUUUGUUUUUCCUUGUAUGUCUCCAUAAACAGAAAGCUAUAUAAAAUAUCUGUCUAUACACAGUCUAUAUAUGUAUAUAUAUAGAUAUAUAUGAAUAGAGGUGUUUUGGUGCUGGCAUUGUAACCUUAAACUCAACCUGUUAAUCAGGUGUCUUGAUGCCAAGGAGAGUGACCCGUUGCCACCGCAGGACAUUACCAGAAGGCGCUAAACAACAUGGCCGCACAACAGCAUCUGAAUCCUUGUGACAGAACUAGAAAGUCAAAAGCUGUAAUUCACACACAGGUAAACCACGGUGCUGUGGUUGAAACACAACUAGAUUCUAGCACUAGAACUGUCCCCACUUUUAUCUAAUGUAUUCAUGUUUUUUUUUUUUUUUUUUUUUUUUUUUUUCUCCAACCCAAACCCAGAUUCUGCAGGAAAAAUGGUGCUUCUGUUUGCAAUUCAGGUCUUACAAAUGAAAUCUUCACUGGUGCAUAUAAAACUAUGUGGCAGCCAUUUUGACACACACACACACUGUCUUUAGAUGUCUUGCUGGCUAGGCCCUACCAUGUAAUGUGUGCAUAAUGUGUCAUUGCAAAGACUCUUGUGUUAGGUUGUGUGUGUGUGCGUGUAUCACUUUGUGAGAGCAGCCAAGCUUCCUUUUUUGUUAGAUAGUGGGGCUACACUUAAGCACAGUGUGUGUGUGUGUGUGCUUUUUUCCCCACUUGGCGAUGCAUAUCUAAGGGAAGACUAGAUGAAAAAUCAAAGCUUUAUUGUAAACUCCUUUCCUGUUUUCUCACAAAUGUGUUUCUCACCUGCGAGUGAAAAGAAAAAAAUGAUUUUAGAGUAUAGUUAGAGCCUGUAGUCCGCUUGGUACCAGCACUGAGAGCUCUUUUGUAAUUAUUGUUGAAGCAGCUUUCCUUUAGAUUUUUCUUGGUGUUUGAUACAAUUGCCGUUACAUGUUAUGCUUUUAAUGGUGUCUUCAGAUUCCUGUCGGUUUUUAUUACUACUAGUCAGACACGGUGCUCUCCUUCACUUAAAACAAGGACAUUGCAGCUAUUGAUAAAUACUACUCUUCUCCUGUUGUGCUGCAGGGUUUUAUGGUUUAAUAAUCUUCAACGCGAGCUUGCCUGGCGGCUUUCUGACGCUCCACUUUAACCUACGGAGAGUUUUCAACUGGAGAGGCGGCGUGGGGUAUGUGCCAGUGAGAAUAGUUUGUGGGAAUGGCUAAAUUUACCCCCCCCCCCCCCCCAUUACAGAUGUGUAGCUAUUUAUAUAAUCAGUCAAAGGGACGAGGUGCUGUUACUCUAGUCCUUUGGCGUAUGAGCCACAGACUGUUAAAAGUAAGCUAUGAGCAUGAAUUGAAUCAUAAGGUCUAUGCAGUGCAGCAUGCUCCAUCCUGGUACAUUUCUGAUCAUCUGUGAGAGCUUUUGCAGUCGAGGUUGUUUACUCUAAAUCCUGCCAAAGGUCUUAACUCAGGGACUUCCCACAUUGCUUGAAAUGAUGGAAACAAUUUUCUUAGAAGCAACGCAUAUCAGACAUAUUAACCACGCUUAAGUCCCUUUCUAACCCAACUCGGGACCAGGACAGCCCGUCAGUAAGUGUAAUUCAAGGUGAAAUUUCAAAGUCAUAUCGCCUCCGAUUCAUUCUCACUGUCACAUACAUCCAGCGUCUCCACUGAAAUCCAGCUUUGUAAUGCUUUAUAAGUGCAGAAGCUGUGAAAUUGCUACGAUUUUCAGCAUCUUCCUCAACUCAGAAAAUGUAUAGAUUUGCGUCUCCUAAGAAGGAGGUUACCUGUCCUUGGUGGGAUCGUCUCACAGGACACGCGUGGCCUGCAGCGUGUGCAGUGAGGCCUGGGCAGGUUUGAGGUGCAAUAACAGCAAACCUACUUUCCAAAAAGCCCUGGGUUUUCAUGAAUUGUUGGUGUUUGAUGUUGGUGCUUUUGUCCUAAGAUGUUAUAAUGAUACAAAAUGGAAUUAAUGCCCUGUUCCCCUGCGUUUUGAUUAAUAAUAAAAUGUUUCCUAUA